AUGGCAGGCCUCAUUGCCGUUCCCAGCGUGGACAUCGCCUUCGUACCAGCGAAAGCCGGCGAAACCUUCAAGCUUGGCCCGAUAACAUGUCGGGUGAUGGAAGAUGGAUCACAUACGGAUAACCGUAUCGGUGUAGCCGAGCUCACCCUACCGCCCAAGACUCCCGGUCCACCACCACAUUGGCAUGAGAUGCACGAUGAGACCUGUGAUCCAGACAUCCUCUCCGGCACAGUCCGCUUCCACGUCCCAGACACCACAAACCCCGGCUCAGACAAGAAGACCGUCGACGCUCACGCCGGCGACUACAUGGUCGUUCCCAUCCGCGCACCUCACACGUUCAGCAAUCCCGGCGACGAGCCAGCGAAGAUUCUGUUCACUUCCACGCCGUCAUUCUACAUCAACUACUUCAAAUUGUUGAGUCAGCUGGCCAAACCGGAUACGCCCGUGCCGGCCGAGGUGAAUGUACAAGCUAUGGCGAUGUUUGCGACGAUUUUGGCGGACAAGAUGCCAAGACGACCAGAGUAG